UGAUUUCUUUGAUCCGGAUACCGAUGUCUGGACAAAUCUUGAGCGACUUGUUGAGAAAGGCGUUGCAGAAAUCAAGGAUGGAAAAUGGGGAAGAAAGGAACAAGGGAAUGUAAAAUGUCUUGAUACGAAUUAUGUGCAUUUAAUAAGAUACAUCGCCGCGAAGGUUGCCAGAAAGUCUCGUGUGUACAAAAAAGCUAUGAAAUUACUUGGACAUUAUAAGGGUAAUGACGAUACUAUCCCUGUCGAGAUUACUUUCGAGCAAGCAAAGAUUCUGUAUGAACAGAAUAAUUGCAUAGAAGCUAUUCGUAAAAUUUGCUCGCUUAUGCCAGAAGGAACCAUAAAAGAGAACAUCAAGGAGAGUGUAACGAAUAACGCAAUUCUCACAACAAUGCAUAAUAAUAUGUAUUUGAUGGAUGUAAUGUCAGAAAGACAAAAGCUUCAUCAGAAAAUGUAUUUAAAGCUGGCCAAGUGGUUAGAGAACUAUAGAAAUGAUAUUGAUCCUGAGACGCUGAUAGGUUUGCAAAAUGUGAUGAAUAGUAAUGGGGAUGCGCGUAGUAAUGACAGCAUUAACGCGGAGAUUAACACUGUCACUACUACUAAAUUUAACGUGGCUGAUAACUCUUCCGUUGAUAGUAGCGCUCGAGUCUCUCUUAUAUCUGCAUCUCUGACGAAUGCGAUCUCCCUCAAUAGCAUUUAUGCGAAACCUUGGUUCAUAUAUGCUACACACCAAUACGACUAUGGAUGGAAGAUACUUGAUGAUAUAAAGAACGGAACUCAGAUGACAGAAGUGGUGAAAAGUGUUGCAAACAAAUUGAGACAAUGUUUCAGUGAUUGGAGUAAGAGCGAAGAGAAUAUGCGUGAAGGAAUUGUAGGGAAAGGUAUUGAUACUAAUGCGGAUAACGAAAUGCCUCAUUUGGAUCUAAUACUUAAGUCUAUUUUCACACUUUUCCUUCAAUACUUCGAUUCUUGCACACCACUCUCAACUGUUACGUCAUUCAGAGUUUUGCGCUCGUUCAGUUCUGCCGUGGAUGGAUAUCACAAGUAUCUGCAGUUAAGUGAUGGGGAACAGGUUAAAAAUUUCGACAGUUCUAAAAACAAGCAUGAAGCUGAAGAAAAUAAUAAGGAGACCUUUCAUUAUGAUAAUCGUCAUUGCAACAAGACACGUAUAACGGAAGCGGAUGCAUUAAUAUCAACACUACGCAUCCUCAAUCUUCUGGUAACUUACGGUCCAAUCCUACGAUCGUUCCUUUCAUUCGGCCUUCAUGAAACUCCCACACAUCAUUGGCUUCCCAUUAUCCCACAAUUAUUUUCUCGACUAACUCACCACGAUUCUUUCGUCCGACACGAACUAUGUAAUCUACUCUGCAAAAUAGCAGAGAAUGAACCACACACGGUAGUUUAUCAUACAGUUGUAGCACUGCAGGCACAAAGAGUCAGUGAAGGAAAUAGGAUGUUAUUGAUGAGUAUUAUGGAAAGGAUUAAGCAAAAGAACGAGAAGAUCAUCGAAGAAACGAAAAUGGUAAUUAAGGAAUUACAAAGAAUAACGGUGCUCUGGGAAGAACUCUGGUUGAAUAAAAUAACAUCGCUGCAAUUUGACAUUUCCAAGCGGCUACACAAAGUCAACGCCGAGUUCGAGCGCAUUAAUGAUAAUCUCAACUUGACUUCUGCCGAACAAAACAGGAUGAUGAAAGAGACUCAUGAAGCUCAAAUGAAACCUGUCAUUAUUUCAUUCGAUAGAUUAUUGUCUAUUACAAGCAGAGCGACUACACCUCAUGAGGAAUGGUUUUUAGAUAAUUUUGGUUCGAGAAUAAGGGAAGCUUAUGACAGACUGAAAAGUCCAAAACGAUGGGAUGGCGUCAAAGAAGGAUGGGACUUGUUUAGAGUUAUUCAUAGAGAUCUAACAAAGCAAAUCCAAACCGCUCGGGCUCUUCCGCUCGCUUCUCUUUCACCAUAUCUAUCGUCGCUUCGUUCAUCAUCACUUCCUCUUCCCACUUUUCCUUCAUCUCUUUCCUUCUCUCCCCGGUCGACCCCACUCACCAUUUAUUCAUUCUCAGACACAGUUCACGUAUUACCCACAAAAACUAAACCAAAAAAACUUAAUCUAAUUGGAUCUGAUGGCAAUACAUACGCGUAUUUAUUUAAAGGAUUAGAAGACAUGCAUUUGGAUGAGAGAAUCAUGCGGGAGUUGCAGAUCACGAAUUGUCUACUGCGAAGAGAUAAGCGGGGUAGGAAAGCAGGAUUAAAUGCCAGGUUUUAUGCAGUUGUGCCCCUAGGUGAGCAUUCGGGAAUGAUUCAGUGGGUCGAGAAUGCUGUGCAACUGUUUGUAUUGUAUAAAAAGUGGCAACAGAGGGAAUAUUUUGUCAAGACGCUUAUUGGGCACUCGGAGGGGCAAGCGGGCUCAGGGAGUACAAAUGCCAACGCUGCCGCGACAAAUAUUGGAACCACUACCACCAUCGCCAAUACUCUUCUUCAGCGUCCUAGUGAUAUAUACUAUGAAAAGAUUCGAAAGUUGCUCAAAAAAGAAGGCUUGCCUCCAACCAUAUCCCGGAGGCAUUGGCCGAAAUCUAUACUAAAGGCUGCCUACCUCGACUUACUCAAUUCUACUCCUUCGGAUCUUCUCUCGAAUGAGCUCUGGUCUUCGUCCACGACACCUACUUCCUGGUUGCAAAAAUCAAUUUCAUUGAGUCGAUCAAUUGCUGUCAUGAGUAUCAUUGGAUAUAUCAUUGGUUUAGGAGACAGACAUCUAGAUAAUAUUCUUGUUGAUUAUGAGAGAGGAGAAGUUAUACACAUAGACUAUAAUGUUUGUUUUGAGAAGGGAAAGAAAUUAAGAGUGCCGGAAACUGUUCCGUGUAGGUUAACACAGAAUAUAGUAUCUGCACUUGGAAUAACAGGUGUUGAAGGAGUAUUUCGUAUCGCGUGCGAGGACACCUUACGUGUUCUCCGGGCUAACAGCGAAAUUCUUGUCAUGCUUCUCGAGGCAUUUGUUUAUGAUCCACUACUCGAUUGGCAUUCGGAUCCAGAUGAAGGUAGGGACAAGACAGUAGUGGAAUUUGAGGAAUCGGCCGGAUUGCUAGUACCAAAAGUUAAAGAAAUGAAAGGAUUAUUUGAAAACAUGGAAGGAAAGAUAGAAGAUAUUUUGAUUCUAGAGAAGCAGUUAGUCGAGCGUGAUGAAAAGUUAAUGGCAGAAGAUGCGGAAAUUGGAACAGAAGAAGUGAACGAGAAUGAGAUGAAUCGAAUAGCAACAAGAACAUUCGCAAAGGAAAUAAACGAAGAUAACAUUGAGAAUAUAAAUACAAAAGGUUUGAUGAAAGAAUUUGGUGAGGCAGACACGAACUCGCAGUUGUUUUUUGCCCAAGAAGUUGAGAGGGUAAGUCCUAUAGCGACAAUGACAAACUCGAUGGAUCAAUUUGAAACCUUCCGCGUGAAGACGACCGUUAUGGAUGAGGAUACACUACAGUUAGACAAAAAGAUGGAAAUGGAGAAAAUGAAACUGCAUGCUAACCAGAAACGGUCCGAAGCAGUAAGCCAGCAGCAUGAUUCCGCGUUGAUAGAUGAGACCGCCGAAGUUCGCAACGCGUACGCAGUAUCAGUAUUAAAACGCGUUAAAGAUAAACUUGAAGGACGUGAUUUCGACUCGUUAUCCACCAUGACUAUUGCAGAGCAGGUUGACAAGAUUAUUCAAGCGGCUACUGAUAUUAAUAAUUUAUGUGUCCUAUAUGAAGGAUGGACACCAUGGAUAUAA